CCAAUUACUCCAUUUCACGUUCAAAUCAUAUUGUGUGGCCUGCAAUGAGGCAGAAUGCAAAAUAUGAUCGUGCUCAAACUAAAUCAGUAUAAAAGGGUAGUGCAACAAGUUGAAGUUAUCAAAUCAACUUGAAAAUCCAAUCAAGCAACAUGAAAUUCGCAGUUGUCGUAGUCUUGUUGGCUGUCGCCCUCGGAAUUGAGGCUUCCGGACUUGCAUGGGGUGCGCAUUAUGCUCCAGCUCUAUCAUAUGCCGCCAUCAAUGGACCAGCUGCUCAUGGAGCUUGGGGCGCUGGCGCCUGGGGUGCUCAUGGAGCAUGGACUCCUCCAGCUGCCGUAGAUGUUACUCAUGGUGUUUGGGGUAGCGGAGUUUUAGGUCAUGGUGCCUGGGCUGCCCCAGCUGCUGUUGCUGUGGCUCCUGCUGCUGUCGCUGUAGCUCCCGCCGCCAUUGCCGUAGCUCCUGCUGCCAUUGCUUCUCAUGCCGCUAUUGCCCCAGCUGCCCACGCUUGGGGACAUGAAGGAACCUAUAUUGCCAAGACCCGUGGUGCUACCCAUGUUGCCCCAUUGGCUGGACACGCUCACUCAGCUGCCGCUAUCAAUGUCCAUCCAGCUCCCGGAACCGUCUAAAUAAUCCUGAUUUUCAUUGUGAUACUUAAGAUAUAAUGGAUCAACUGUUGGCAUUUAGAACGCAUUGUAAAUAAAAUAUUUAAUUUAUUGCAUAA